UCAAAACAUGAGCUCUUCUGAUCAAGUUCAUAUGGUGCACCAAGGAGCAGUUUCUGCUGAACAAUUAUCGUCAUCUGAAUCUCAGCGUGUUCCAUCAUCCCUAAUAAUACAAGAUCAAUACCAAUGCAAGCAAGCAUCUUUUAGUGAAACAACCCUUAAUCAAAAUUCUAGUUUUCUGUCAAAUCAUCCUGACAUGGCCAAAGACUCUUUCAACAAGGGAAUGAAUUCAACUUCUCAAAAUGUCACCAGGCAUACCAAUCUUCCUUAUAAGCAGACAAAAGGAAAGUAUUCUAUAAACGAUUUCAAAGUUAUACGUACAUUGGGCACUGGAUUUUUUGGACGUGUACAUUUGGUUAGGUCAAACCAUAAUGGACGAUAUUAUGCGAUGAAGGUGUUCCAGAAGCGGAAAAUAGUCAAAUCCAAGCAAAUCGAGCACACCAACGAUGAGAGGAGAAUUUUGUCCGUGUUACAACAUCCAUUCAUCACAAGGAUGUGGGGAACUUUUCAAGACACAAAAUCCAUAUUUAUGGUAAUGGACUACAUCGAAGGUGGAGAGCUGUUUUCACUGCUGAGGAAAUCGAAAGUUUUCCCUAAUCAAGUGGCCAAAUUCUACGCUGCAGAAGUCUUGCUCGCUCUUGAAUAUCUACACUCCAAAAAUAUUGUCUAUCGAGAUCUCAAGCCUGAAAACAUAUUAUUGACAAGAUCUGGACACAUAAAAUUAACUGAUUUUGGUUUUGCCAAGGAAGUUGAAACGGCCACAUAUACCUUGUGUGGUACACCUGAUUACAUCGCCCCGGAAGUAAUCGCGGUCCAACCGUAUAACAAAGCGGUCGAUUGGUGGUCGUUUGGCAUUCUAAUUUAUGAAAUGCUAGUUGGCACGACUCCUUUCUACGACACAUCACCAAUAAAGAUUUAUGAGAAAAUAAGCAAGUGUGAAUAUGAGGUUCCUCAUUUCGUCGAACCAGAUGCAAGGUCUCUCAUCAGAGGUUUAAUAAUGAAAGACGUCACUUUCAGGCUAGGUAAUCUUCGCCAUGGAGUUGAAGAUAUAAAAAAUCAUCCAUGGUUUCAGGAAGUCGUGUGGGAAAAUCUUUUGAGUGGGAAUAUUGAAACACCGUAUGAACCUAAUAUUCCCAAUGGCGUAGGCGACAGCUCCCAGUUCGAGUUAUAUCCCGAAGAAGACUAUGAUUAUGGAAAUAACAGCUCCCCAGAUGACUUUGGGUACCUGUUCCCCGAAUUUUGACUUCGACCCAUCCCCGGCGUAAGUACUAACAGAAAAGCACGAUAUUUUGGGAUAUAAUGAUAGAUUUUAGCGAUUCGAAGAACGAGUUCUCCGAAACGCACUCGCCAUAUGAAAGUCGAUGCCGUCGAGAAAGCGCCUGUAAUUUGAUCUGCAAGUGAUCGUCCUCAUAAACCCCUGGGUUCGAUAAUAAAUAAAGAAUCAAUUUCUGAUGCACUGAUAGAUUGCGAUUUGAGACUGGAUGGUGUGAACUAACAACAAAUGCCUCUCUUAUCUCUCUGUAUCUGUGUGGUUUCAAUUCCCAUAAAAUAUAGGCCAUGUGCAUACUUUUGGCUGAUUUUACGAUGGAUAUCAACUCAUUCUCAUUUAAAGCUUCCACCAAUAUCGACAUAAGGUUUCUCAGAUAUUUUGCGUUUGUGAAUUGUUCACGACGGAUGCAGGGUAGCCAAAGUGAUGAUAGUUGUUGUUUAAUAAGAUCAUCAGACAAAGUCAUCAUUCCCAGUUGCCUUAAACGGUAACAGAAUAUCACAUACGCUUUACAGAGCAGUGCUUCGUCCAGCGAUGCAAACCUGCCGUCAUUGAUUGCUGUGCUAAUAAAACCCUCCAAAGUAGCCCGAUUCAUUUUGAAUACCAGAGAUGCGAGAAAGGUUGUAUUGAGUCGCCCAUGCGCAAGUAAAUAAUCUGCCACAAAAAUAAUGUCUGACUGUUUUCUCAACUUCCGUAUAUACUGGUUUACUGCUUUCACUUCUGAUCCAAGGAACGAAUGACAGGCACUUAUGGGCUGGCUUUGAUUGCUAGAUUUCCCCAGAGGUUGCAACACAGAGGUUAAUUCGUGCAAUAUUCUUUGAUAGUGGUCUUUUUCAAGACUUUCAAUAUACCUGACCGUUGUCAACUUGUUUUCUACAUGUUGAUCUAUAGCCCGUUUGUGGGUUGGUUUUUCGAGCAAAUCCAUCAAGUCACUGACCAACGAUCUCGGCUGCUUUUGCUCAGGUAGAAUCUCCUUUUGAUUCACCUUUAGUGUAUAAUACAUGCGACCAACCUUACGAUACCUUGUCAAGAGAUGAAAUUCUUGCAUUAAAUCUAGUGACGGCCUAA